CGAUUAAAAGGGACGAGACCCAGUGUGACCGCCUUCAUAUAAGGGUUCGCAAGGCCGUCUGCUCGCUCUUCCUACAGUCCAUUUAGGACCCUCCAGUCAGCACCGGAGCCAGUAAAGUCGUCGAUCUGACAGCGUUACGAACGUGAAGAUUUUCCCUUCAGCACUGCGGCGGCGGGUACAGGCGCUCAGACCGGGGAAAUACGGCUCAGGAGAUGGAUGCCCUUCGGACCACUGCUCUCAUUCUCCUCAUCGUGACUAUGGCAUCAUCAAAGCCAAUUAGAUGGCGUGGAAACAACCUCAGAAAAAUGGUCACCAAAGUUGUGGAGACCUCAGAAUCCAAUGAGUCUGUCUCCUCGGAGGAGCUGGAGCUGGAGCUGGAUCCGACGACAGCUCCGCCGGUCAUCCCCGACACGACCCUCCUGGCUGUCGUCACCGAUACUCCUCUGCCCCUCAUCCCAGAGGCCACCCUUGAGCCUACACCCCCUCCCCUAGGCAUCGAGACCGGAGCCCCCCUGUACCUCACUGAGGGUCCUCUGAUUUCCGACCAGCCAACUGAUCCAUUUUCAGCUGUGACACCAGACACCGUUGAGCCCUUGGCUCCAUCUACGCCUCAACCUAUCAGCGGUCUCCCUCUAUGUGUUAAUGUAGACAUUUCAUACCCUCCGUUACCAAGCAGAGGUGACAACUUGAAGUAACGCAAGAAGGUGAUACCAUUAGCUAGCAGUACGUCAUAUAGUCUCCCUCACAUUAUCCACAACCUUUUCAUGGCCUUCUGUGUUAGUAUUACCUGUUUAUAAAAUGAAGGUUCAGGAUGCUGACUGACAGGAACACUAUCCUUGGUCCAUGAAACAUUUAUCAAUCUAUGUCCAUAUAUGUCUUUUCAGCAUUUGUGAAGGUGACAUUCAUUGUUUUCCCAGCAAUGCUACCAAUAAAGGGUAUAUCAAAGACA